AUGCAGUCCAUGUGGGACUCAUUCCAGUACAGCUACGGCUACUGGCAAGGUCGCCUGGGUAGCUUUGGGCUAUCAACUCUGGUCGGAAAAGCUACAAACCUGAUCAGCUUACCGCUACCAUUUCUAUCGCUCGUUGCGGUACCCCUAUUCGGGGGGUCUUCGACGCGCAUGAGCUUGGUGUUUGUCUACCUCACUUGGACGAUCUUACUUCUGAGCCAUGACCCACUCACUCUUGAGUUCUAUGGCACGCUUUUCGUGAGGCUCAUUUUCUAUCUUCUCCCAGCCCUGCUGUUCCUCGCAUUCGACUGCAUAGUUCCGAAGCUCAGCAAAAAUGUCAAAGCACGCGGAGCGAGGCAUCUUCCUCAUCAACUUGGUCGAAAGAGGGUUCUGAGUAUUGUUGGCGUGGCUGUAGGAAACGUCCUACUUGGCGUCGUUUUGCAGGUCGGCUUGGAGUGGGCAUGGACUGAGCUCUUCCACUUCCGGAGCCUGAUCAAAAUAUCGCGUAUACCGACAAUGCCUUUGCCUUGGAGCGUUGCUAUACAUCUAGCCCAGGGAUUCGCUGUAAGGGGUGUCUCGCACUACUACAUCCAUCGCUAUGUGCUGCACGGCCGCAAAACGGUCCUCAAGACAUGGCAUCUUCGCUGGCAUCAUAGCGUUGACCUCCCAUUCAGUGUAGUCGCAGCGUACGACCAUCCCGUCAAUUAUCUGCUGUGCACGUGGCUUCCGACGGUCCUACCGGCGUAUUGCUUUGGAUGGCAUGCUCUAACGUGGUUCACAUUCUUGGCUCUAACCAGCUUGGAAGAGCUCUUCAUAUUCUCCGGGUACAACGUUCUGCCUUCAGCAAUCUUGCUCGCGGGAACGGCUCGGCGUAUCGAAGCACAUUUUGACUCCGUGAAGAGCGGUAGUUCCGCUGGAAACUUUGGUCACAUCGGAGUGAUGGACUAUAGCUUGGGAACCGCUUGUAAGGGCGUAGACAUUAUGGACGACGUGCAAGACGAGGCGGCAAAGCAUCGCCUCCAGGAAAGAAUCGAUAGUGCCGUCAAGGCCGCGUUAGAAAGCCAGCGGAAGGAAACCAACAACAGCGAGCAGUCAAGAUCAUCCGCUUUCUUGGACAAGCUGGGAGGUCGGAGCGGAAAGGAAGAUGCAAGCGAUGGUCAACGUGCAACGCGCAGAAGCGGACGGACGAGAUGA